GUUUAAAGUAACGCCAUACUAGCUAAAUGCUGGUAACGCGGGUGCUGCCGUACGACGACCCGACGCGACAAUCUCAGCAAGCGUGGAAGCUCGGCUCGGGGCUCGUACUGGCGCUGGUCUACUUGGCCUUGGCUACGUUGGUGGCGUUGAGCACGUACACGCUCUCCACGAUUGCCAACACGCCACUCUUCAUGGGGCUCAACCUCCAGACGUUCACGAGCAACCAAUUCAACGUCCCGAUCAACGUCGUGCUCAAGGGCGAAACGGCGCUUCCGCUCGCAUCGACGCAGCCCUUGGACGCGACGCUGUCGCUCAGCACGCUGCUCUACAAGCUCUGCAAGAAGGACGACCAGGCGUGCGCGGCGUCGUUUCUCCCGUCGUCCAACGAGAUCUGGCGCAGUGUGGUCAAGGCUCUGGCGUUGAUUCCCAGCUUUGACCAGCCACUCUUCCAGGACCCGACCCAGACCGUUGUGAUUUCGCACAUCAACAACCUCAGCGGCUGGAACAAACCCAUGGCGCAGAUGUACAUAUCGGGGCACGACAUGGCGAUCACGUGCAUGGUGCGCCGCGCGAGCUUCUACGUCGCAACGUCAUCGCCAUCGACGGCCGUCAUCGACUCGGUAGUCUUUUGCUCGCAGCGCAAAUUUGAUCCGAACUGGGUUUGUGAGAACGACGUCUCGGAGGACGCCAACACGUACGCGCUUCGUAUCGGCAAAGGCGAAGCGAGAUACCUUGGCGUCGCGCCGCGCAGUGACGUGUACAUGAACCCAGGGUACCUCGCCACGUUCCGCAACGAGGCGGCGACCGUGCGCCUCAAUACACUGACCUUCUUUGACGAGUACCAGUACGGCAUGCUUCGCACCUUUGCGCCGUGGGACCUCCUCCCCGCGGUGAGCUGCGCGACUUUCAACACCGAGACGGGGCUUGGUUGGCUCUUUAUGUGCAAGGGACUGGUGACCAUGAUCUGGGAGAGCGAUGCGCUCAUGCUCUCCAACAGCGCCGUGCUCUGGCUGCUGACCGCGUACCUCGUGGCGCUGCAGCUCGUCUUCUUGCGCCAUAGCGCCAUCUGCAGCGUGCCCGUCUACAUGUCCAAGACCGUUGUCGGUCUCGCCAUCCUCUUUGUGAGCUUUUACGGCAACAUGAACCUCCAGGCGCUGACGACGUACUUGUCCAUGAAGCCCAGCGCUGAAACACCCAAGUACUACAAGUGGCUCGGCGCCGCGCAACUGGCGUCGAUCGUCGGCAUCAUGACAGGGCCGCUUAUCCAAAUGUGGUUCAACCCGCGACUCGUGACGCAAACGUGGCUCCUUCUGGUGUUCAGCCUCGUCAACUGGAGUCUGGUGUUUGUGCUCGAGGCGUUUGUGUUUCCAGCGAGAAGCCGCAUCGUGCCGGGACCAUGUUACCAUGCCUCGUCGAGCAACUGCUUUGCGUUCGAUGCGAUCGCGCAUACGUACUACGCGUCGGCCAUCGCGUCGGCCAGUGUCGUCAUCGUUGCGAUCCUCUGCGUCAACGUCCACUCGUCGUACUGCAAGAGAGACAAGGUCAAGGCGGCAGCGACCAACUCGGUGCUUGGGUACCUCGAGAUCAGUGACUUGUCGAGCGUCCUCACAUCGCCCCACGGGCUCCUCGUGUCGACGGCCGACGGAGCCAUUGGCAUCGACCACGGCGUCCUGCUCGUCAAAAACAUGCUCCAAGUGUCCGACAUGGUGCUGACACGGACGUCCAACGUCCAGUACGAGCUCAUUUACCGCUUGCUUCCAACGACCUUUCUCAGAACGCUCUUCAGCCGUUCGAUCGGCUCGAUUCGCAUCGUCUCUGUGGAUCGAACCCGGAUUCUGCGUCAAUCCAGCUUCAAGCACUUGCACGAAAUGGACCUCGGGUCGCGCCACUGGUCCCCGUACUUUACGUGAAGAGGCAAGAGCAACAGCAAGGGUCGAUAACGCCGUUCAUACUUCAUUAACCUUGGUGCAGACAUGGGCGUCCACAAUACAAGAAAUAUGGCGACUGCA